AUGGACCCAGCUGGCUAUGGUUUGUUAAUUUAUUUUGUAAAGGACAACAAAAUCAUCCAACAGGAUCAUACAAAAGGCCCAUCGCUCAAUCUUGAAAGCAAUAAGGAAAUGUGCACCUGAAUCCUUUGUGUUAAUCUCUCUGUUCUUUCUCUCUCUAUCUCUCUCUCUCUCUUUCUCUUUCUCUCUCUAUCUCUUCUCUUCUGUGGCAGGUGUUACUGGCUUGGUUCAGAUUGAUGGGGCAGGCGAUCGGGAGAUUGACUUUGCCUUGUGGGACAUGACCAAUCUUGACUCUGGGGUCUUUCAGGUAGGCACUGACUGCUCCUCUCACAAAGUGGUGGUUAGGCACAAACACACUGGUACGUAAAUACACACUCACUCUGUAGCUGUGUUCUUUAUCCUAGACACUCUUCCAGUGUAGCAGCUAUAAAACCUACAAUGACAAGGCACCUUCGUUACACAGACAACACCCAAAGUUACAGUACUUGUCUUACAGUAAGAUAUGGAUAACCUUCUACCCUGUGUGUCUCCAGAUUGUGUCCAUCUACAACAGCACCCUGAAGGAGCUGGUUCCAGUGCCGGGCAUGAAGGUCCAAUGGCCGGGGGGCGCCCCCCCCCAAGACAUCCCCGACUGUGGCUUCAAGAACGACAAGCCUGCCUGCUUAGCACGUAUGCACUGAAGAAACCCUUGGGUCUCAUUUAUCAACAUAAAAAUAUGUAUAUUUGCAUAUGAAUAAACACAACCCACUGGAGAUUUUACGAACAUUGAGAGAGAGAAAAAUAAUGUUGUGCUGUUCACAAUUAAUACAUACACUACAAGACCCAAAGUAUGUGGACACAUGCUCGUCGAACAUCUCAUUCCAAAAUCAUGGGCAUUAUAAUGGAGUUGGUCCUCCCUUUGAUGCUAUAACAGCCUCCACUCUUCUGGGAAGGCUUUCCACUAGAACUUUGCUGCGGGGACUUACUUCCAUUCAGCCACAAGAGCAUUAGUGAGGUCGGGCACGGAUGUUCGGCGAUUAGGCCUGGCUCGUAUCCAGCGUUCCAAUUCAUCCCAAAGGUGUUCAAUGGGGUUGAGGUCAGGGCUCUGUGCAGGCCAGUCAAGUUCUUCCACACCGAUCUCAACAAACCAUUUCUGUAUGGACCUCGCUUUGUCCACGAGGCCAUUGUCAUGCUGAAACAGGAAAGGGCCUUCCCCAAACUGUUGCCACAAAGUUGGAAGCACUAAGCAUUAAGAUUUUCCUUCACUGAAUUAAGGAGCCAAGCACGAACCAUGAAAAACAGCUCCAGACCAUUAUUCCUGCUCCACCAAACUUUACAGUUGGCACUAUGCAUUGGGGCAAGUAGCGUUCUCCUGGCAUCCGCCAAACCCAGAUUCGUCCGACGGACUACCAGAUGGUGAAGCGUGAUUCAUCACUCCCGUUUCCACUGCUCCAGAGUCCAAUGGUGGCAAGCUUUACCCCACUCCAGUCAACACUUGGCAUUGCGCAUGGUGAUCUUAGGCUUGUGUGUGGCUGCUCGGCCAUGGAAACCCAUUUCAUGAAGCUCUCAACAAACAGUUCUUGUGCUGACGUUGCUUCCAGAGGCAGUUUGGAAUUCGGUAGUGAGUGUUGCAACCGAGGACAGGCGAUUUUUAUGCGCUACGCGCUUCAGCAGUCCCAUUCUGUGUGGCCUACAACUUUGUGGCUGAGCCGUUGUUGCUUCUAGGCUUUUCAACUUCACAAUAACAGCAAUUACAGUUGACCAGGGCAGCUCUAGCAGGGUAGAAAUUUGAUGAACUGACUUGUUGGAAAGGUGGCAUCCUAUGACGGAGCCACGUUGAAAGUCACUGAGCUCUUCAGUAAAGCCAUUCUACUGCCAAUGUUUGUCUAUGGAGAUUGCAUGGUGGUGUGCUCAAUUUUAUACACCUGUCAGCAAUGGGUGUGGCUGAAAUAGCUGAAUCCACUAAUUUGAAGGGGUGUCCACAUACUUUUGUAUAUAUAGUGUAACUCAAAUUCCCAAUUGACCACAUUGCAUUAUUUGCAUGAUGUUACUGUACACAUAGACAUAUCAAGUUAGGAUUUGACCCUUAGGUUUUGAUUAUUGGAAGCUAGCAUUAUCUAUAGGAUUGUUCUCAUUCAGUAAAUGUUCUUUGUGAAUAUCUACAGAAAUGUCUGAAAGUCUAAUUUACAUAAGAGUCUCAUUAUCAUAACGGUCUCAUUAUCAUGACAAUCUCAUUAUCAUAACAGCCUCAUUAUCAUGCAUGGUGACAUUUGUUAUUCAUUUGUAUUUGGCAGCUGCUUCACUAGUAAGAUUAGAACAGCAAGAGAUUAGGUUUCCCGCUGUGUCAUGAUUUAGGUGUUUUUCUAGACGUGAAGUUAAAUUAAUAUUUAUGGAAUCCAAUCAAACAUACACUGUGGGAAACCAACACUUCAGUACACUGCCUAAACAAAAUGUGCAGACAAAAUGCAUAUUUCCAAAUCAAACCAACCUGUUGUUGUUUUAGCAACUUCUAUUGUUUGGUUCUUUUUCCCUACCUUAGUUGAAUGCACUGACUAGAAGUGGCUCUGGAUAACAAUGCCUGUUAAAUAACUAACAUCUAAAUGUAAUACAUAUAUCAUUUUAUGGCAUAGGCUUCACAUGCUAUUGAAUUUGGCCCUUGGUAUAACUUCACAUAACUUCAAUAACUUUGAUUUUCCUUUCCUCCCAGGGACAGUUACUAUGCUCCAGAUGGUGGCCAUCGUGGCUUGCUUCAUCUUCGUCAUCAUCGUCACCGUCACCGUCUUCAUCUACAGGUCAGUGGUGCCCCCUUCUUUACCGUCCCCCUUCCUUGAGGAAGACUCUGGUCGAUGGUAUUGGUUCUGAUGACACCUUUCCACUCCCGACCCCUCCUCCACCCAUCCUCUAUCGCUCUCUCCAUUCUGUUCACUCUCUUCCCAUACUCUGCUCUUCUUUCAUUUUCUCUAUUUUAUUCCCCCCUCCCAUCUCUUUCUCUUCUGUUUGCUUUUCUUCUUUUUUCUACCAUUUUUUCUCCCUGUUAAACUUUCUUACCCACAUUGUUACUCUGUCUGUCUCUCUCUUCACCCUAUUACUCUCCUCUUUUCCCUCACUCUUUCUUUACACAUUACAGGGAGAUCAGGCCAAGAAGGAACUAAUAAAAGUGUUUCUGUCUCCUCUUCAGUGAUGACUCACCACCAGGGUCAUGUUCAUUAGGCACCAAACAGAAAUAAACACACUGAAACAGGGAUGGACUACCUGGGGUUGUUUAAUAAGAAACAUUCAUUUUCGUUUUCCGUUGCAAAGCAUUUUAAUAUAUUUACCGUUGUGUGCACUAAUGAACAUGGCCCAGUGAUGACUCACCUCCAGCCCCGUGUUUGCCCUUUGAUCCUUCUCUCUGUCCUGUAUCCAGCUCCAUCAGACUUGUCAUGUCUUCUGAUGAAAGGUUGAACAUUGAGUGCAAGUCCAGGUGAAAGUAUACUGUACUUAAAAAAAAAAAAUGUCCCUUGAGGAAUAUCAGGCCUAAAAUAAUAAUAAAGUAUAUUAUGUCUCGUAUCAAAUAUAGAAAAGCAAUAUGUUUUUACAUUUUCUUGAGAGUUAAGUUAACUUUGAUAGGUGAAAUGUGAAACAGUUUAAGUUCAGUUCCAUAUUCUAGCCAAUAAUUAUGGUCACUUUGUGUUUGAUAUAAGCUAUCCUGUCUGAUAUUUCCGACAUUUCACAUUUUAUUAAAUGGUUACUUCGGGAUUUUAGCAAUGAGGCCCUUUAUCUACUUCCCCAGAGUCAGAUGAACAUGUGGAGACAAUUUUUAUGUCUCUGCGUUCAUUUUGAAGGAAGUUGCUAACUAGCGCCAGCGCAAUUGCUAAGUAGCGCUAGUGCAAUUGCUAACUAGCAUUAGCGCAAUGACUGUAAGUCUAUAGGUAUCUGCUAGCAUGCUAGCAGAUACCCAUAGUCUUCCAGUCAUUGUGCUAACGCUAGUUAGCAUUGGCUCGCAAAACUACCUCAAACUUCCUUCUUACUGGACACAGAGACAUAUAUUUUUUAUCCAUGAGUUAAUCUGACUCUGGGGAAGUAGAUAAAGGGCCUCAUUGCCAAAAUCCCAAAGCAUCCCUUUAACAGUUGUGAUGUGCUGUAAAAUUACACAGACCCUUUUGGCACUUUUUUUCAUGUUAUAGGUACAGCAAUGUGCAGUACAUUUGAAUAGCACAUAGCCAUAGGUGGAUACAUUUAUUAAUGUUCAUUUUCAUAUUCUUGUAUGAUAAGUGCUUACUAUAUUAAUUUCUUAAUCUAUGGAUGACUUAGUCUAUGUGAAGUGUGUCUGUAAAUGUAUAGCUUAAAGUAAAUUGAAGCUACUGUAUGUGUUUGUAUGUUCAUAGAUUAAAAAAACAACAACAUAAAUGUGUUAUUAUUACACAGGAAUAGUGGCCUUUUCUUACGUAAGUUCUAUUACAGUAAAGAAUGUUAUAUCAAGCACAGGAGGCUGAUGAGGGAAGGACGGCUCAUAAUAAUGGCUGGAAUGGACUAAAUGGAAUGGUAUUGAGCACAUGGAAACCAUGUAUGUGAUGUGUUUGAUACCAUUCCAUUUAUUCAGUUCCAGCCAUUACUAUGAGCCUGUACUCCCCAAUUAAGGUGCCACCAGCCACCUGUGAUAUCAAGGUACACAUCAAAACUGGAGUGGGGUAAAUUGCCGCCAUUGGACUCUGGAGCAGUGGAAACGCGUUCUCUGGAGUGAUUAAUCACUCAAUUAAGUUGCAAUCACAAAUUGAGGGGCGACACUCAAUGACAGAUAUUAAUCUCUAUCCAUACUCAAUGAAUUAAUCCCAUCCCCAAUACUAUAGUUGGGUUGCACGUGUUUCUGAGAAAUGUGUGUGUGAAUACAGUUUGUAUUUUGUAGAGGGUGGGGUGACAGGGGUACAACUCAGAUUUUGGAGUGUUGAUGGGCUGUGGGUAAAGGUGCAGUCCUACACAGUGUACACUCACACUGAAACACAUCCAUCCCUCUCCUUAAUCUCUCUGUCCUUUAUUCUGGAUUGUCAUUCUCUCUCUUUCUCUUCAUUGAUUUCUCUUUCUCCGUCGCCCUCACACAACAGAGGCUGCGCUCCUUUCUCUACCCUCUCCUAACUCUCUCUCUCUCUCUUUCUUUCAUUCUAUCUCUGACCCUCUCUCACCACCCCCCCACUCUCUCCCUCAGGAAGCUGAAAUUGGAGAAUGAGUUGGCUGCUCAGCUCUGGCGAGUGCAAUGGGAGGACGUGCAGAUGAGCAACCUGGAGAAAGUGCUACGCAGGGCAUGCAGCAGACUCACCCUGUCUCUGGUACUGCAUAGAGAAACACACACAUAAAUAGACACAUGAAAUAGAGUACACCUACACACACCUACACACACCUACACACACUCACACAUAGAAACCAUGUGUGUUGAAAAAGCACAGAUAUGCACGCUGACAAGUUCUCAUUCCCUCUCUAUAUGGUCCACAGAGAGGCUCGAACUAUGGCUCCCUCCUGACCAUGGAAGGAAACUUCCAGAUCUACGCGAAGACUGGCUAUUACAAGGUCUGUUCUUUUACAAUGCUUAUGAUAUUUACUUUUUUGAUAGUUUUCAAGCUAAUUUCCUGCAAUUCUACACAUUUUGUCAUGGGGCAGAGAUAUGUUUUGUUGUUGCAGCUUUAAAGCUAAUAUCCUGCAUUUCCACAUAUUUUGUCAUGAGGCAGAGAGAAAACGUUACAAUUUUAAAGCUUAAAUUACAGUGCAUUCAUGUUUUAAAAAACAUUUUUGGGGAAUACAAGAUGUAUUGAGUUGGAAAAUGUAUAAUUGGUGGAGUAUUGUGAUCACCAAUAACCCUGUGAGCCUCCCAGGCCCAUGUUGCCCAGGGUUAAGAACAUAAGUUGUAGAUUAAUAAUAUUAUAUUGUACAGUCGUGGUCAAAAGUUUUGAGAAUGACACAAAUACUAAUUUUCACUAAGUCUGCUGCCUCAGUUUUGAUGAUGGCAAUUUGCAUAUACUCCAGAAUGUCAUGAAGAGUGAUCAGAUGAAUUGCAAUUAAUUGCAAAGUCCCUCUUUGCCAUGAAAAAGUCCCUAAUCCCAAAAAUACAUUUCCACUGCAUUUCAGCCCUGCCACAAAAGGACCAGCUGCCAUCAUGUCAGUGAUUCUCUCGUUAACACAGGUGAGAGUGUUGACGAGGACAAGGCUGGAGAUCACUCUGUCAUGCUGAUUGAGUUAGAAUAACAGACUGGAAGCUUUAAAACGAGGGUGGUGCUUGAAAUCAUUGUUCUUCCUCUGUUAACCAUGGUUACCUGCAAGGAAACACGUGCCGUCAUCAUUGCUUUGCACAAAAAGGGCUUCACAGGCAAGGAUAUUGCUGCUAGUAAGAUUGCACCUAAAUCAACCAUUUAUCGGAUCAUCAAGAACUUCAAGGAGAGAGGUUCAAUUGUUGUGAAGAAGGCAUCAGGGCGCCCAAGAAAGUCCAGCAAACGCCAGGACUGUCACCUAAAGUUGAUUCAGUUGCGGGAUCGGGGCACCACCAGUGCAGAGCUUGCUCAGGAAUGGUAGCAGGCAGGUGUGAGUGCAUCUGCACGCACAGUGAGGCGAAUACUUUUGGAGGAUGGCCUGGUGUCAAGAAGGGCAGCAAAGAAGCCACUUCUCUCCAGGAAAAACAUCAGGGACAGACUGAUAUUCUGCAAAAGGUACAGGGAUUGGACUGCUGAGGACUGGGGUAAAGUCUUUUCUCUGAUGAAUCCCCUUUCCGAUUGUUUGGGGCAUCCAGAAAACACCUUGUCCGGAGAAGACAAGGUGAGCGCUACCAUCAGUCCUGUGUCAUGCCAACAGUAAAGCAUCCUGAGACCAUUCAUGUGUAGGGUUGCUUCUCAGCCAAGGGAGUGGGCUCACUCACAUUUUAGCCUAAGAACACAGCCAUGAAUAAAGAAUGGUACUAACACAUCCUCCGAGAGCAACUUCUCCCAACCAUCCAAGAACAGUUUGGUGACGACCAAUGCCUUUUCCAGCAUGAUGGAGCACCUUGCCAUAAGGCAAAAGUGAUAACUAAGUGGCUCGGGGAACUAAACAUUGACAUUUUGCGUCCAUGGCCAGGAAACUCCCCAGACCUUAAUCCCAUUGAGAACUUGUGGUCGAUCCUCAAGAGGCGAGGGGACAAACAAAAACCCACAAAUUCUGACAAACUCCAAGCAUUGAUUAUGCAAGAAUGGGCUGCCAUCAGUCAGGAUGUGGCCCAGAAGUUAAUUGACAGCAUGCCAGGGCGGAUUGCAGAGGUCUUGAAAAAGAAGGGUCAACACUGCAAAUAUUGACUCUUUGCAUAAACGUAAUGUAAUUGUCAAUAAAAGCCUUUGACACUUAUGGAAUGCUUGUAAUUAUACUUCAGUAUACCAUAGUAACAUCUGACAAAAAUAUUUCAUAACACUGAAGCAGCGAACUUUGUGAAGACCAAUACUUGUGUCAUUCUCAAAACUUUUGACCACGACUGUAUUGUAUUGUAGGACACCCUCUAAACGUAUUAUACGGAUCCCUUUGCCAAAAGUAGUUUAAUUUGUUGUUGUUAAUAAUAUUCAUUCAAAAAAACUGGGCCGCAGACCCCCUGCAGUAACUGGACCCCACUUUGAGAACCCCUGCUAAAAAUGGUGUAUACAUAGUGUGUUAUGUCACAUUUGGCAAUUCGCCCUACAGUGGGAAUGGUUAUGUCACCCUUUAUAAACAAUUUAUAGUGUAAGACAUAUGCUUACAGAUUAUUUGUGAAGCAUUUAUGUAGUGCUUAUGAAGCCUUUACAUAUGCUAUAUAAAGCCUUUAUAAGUUUUACUUUGUUUAAAGUGAGACCCAAUAUUUGCCAAUGAUAAGUGUUCGUACCAGGAUUCUGAUAGGGUUAAUGUGGGCAGUUCCAUUGUUUACAUCCUUGGAGUAGGAAUUGCAAGUGGAUUGCACUAAUUUUACAGUACUUUAAAAUAAACAGAUCAGCCGAUAUUAUUGAAGGACACAUAUAGUACAAUCAUGGUGAAAUAUUGUGUUAAUGUGUCCUCCUUUCCAGGGAAACAUUGCGGCCAUUAAGUACGUCACUAACAAGAAGCGCAUUGAGCUCACCAGGAUGGUUCUCUUUGAGCUCAAACAUGUGAGUGUUUUAUUCAGUAGCCUGUAAACAUGUUGCCAGGGCUACAAUGUCCUUUCUACUAUUUCCUGUACUUAUUAUGUUCUAAGGUGUAUACUUCGCUCAGGUGUUAAUUAUUUUGUAACUAAGUAUGUUGGUGAUUAUGUAUGUUGAUUUUCUUGCCUCCAGAUGCGUGAUGUUCAAAACGAGCACCUGACUCGCUUUAUCGGAGCCUGUAUCGAUCCUCCCAACAUCUGUAUCAUCACAGAGUACUGUCCCCGGGGCAGCCUGCAGGUACUUCACAACCUAUUGACUCUCAUUGUUCCAUUCUAUUCUAUUCCAUUCUAUAACCUUAUAACCUUAGCAUUGUUAACUAAAACCCCUUUUGGUCUCUUAACUCCCACACCACACAUUCACACAUUGAAUAAGUAAUGAACCAUCUAGCUUACAGGAGCUACCCUUGGGUCUUGAGAUGGUUGGUUUACCCUCUAGGCUACAUGUGUUGAAUACCGACAGCCUGUGUGAAUGGAAUAUGACAUGUCAUGCAUAUUAUGAUGGGCGGCAGGUGGCUUAGUGGGUAAGAGAGUUGUGCCAGUAACCGAAAGGUCGCUGGUUCUAAUCCCCGAGCCGACUAGGUGAAAAAUCUGUCGAUGUGCCCUUGAGCAAGGCACUUAACCCUAAUUGCUCAUGUAAGUCGCUCUGGAUAAGAGCGUCUGCUAAAUGACUAAAAUUUAAAUUAUUAAAUUUAAAUUAAAAUUAAAAUUAUGAUGUUAGCAUUGUGGCCUGGGAUUAACGUGUGGGUGACCUUCAUGUAUGGCUGAUUUGAAACAUGGAAUAUGGUCUGAAUAUUAGAGUGUGUGUGUGUGUGUGUGUUUAAAUAGUCAUGUUUAUGUUCAUGUGUUGUGCAGGAUCUUAUGGAGAGCGAGAGCAUCACCUUAGACUGGAUGUUCAGAUACUCUCUCAUCAACGACAUUGUUAAGGUGCGUCUCCAUCCUUCAUCCUCCAUCCAGAGAUUUUAAACUCAGAUAUAGGACAGUAUAGAAGGAGGAAAGUGAGGAGGGGGUUUGUGACAAAGUAGCGAUGGGUCCAGGAUUCGAACCAACAAGCAUAAUAUAUAUGUGCUGAAGUCCCCAGACCACUAAACUGGUACUUAAUGUUGUUUUCACAGUAUUGGGGCUAGGGGAGAGGUAGAAAAUAUUCAAAUAAUAUUUAUUCUGUCAUACCUCUACAGGUUUUUGUAUUGUCCAUAUUGUCGUUAUGCCAAGUGUGUUACUUCUCACUUACACUUUAUUGCAUGCUCUUACACUAGAUUUGUGUCAUAUAUUUUCAACAAGAUGUUUGGGAUUAAACCAGAUCCAACCAAUCUGUUAGGUAUAUUGCCUGCAGCAGGAGUUGGGAUUUUCCAGGCUGUGUCCUGGUUAGAAGGAUGAAUGAAGAAGUCAUGCAUUUUACUUGAGUUAGACUCGAUUUAAUGCCUCUCAAUGUACAUUCUAGCAGAAAUAGCUGUUGUGAGAAGGCUAGCUCUGUACUUUCUUUUCUGGCUUUGCAGAGGAAGUUCUGCCUAUUUUCAAUGGAAGUUAAUGGGAGGGUACACAUUGUUUGGUUAUUGACUUGUAAUGCAUAGGUUGUUCAGCAAAUGCAAUUUCGUUGGCAAAAGCAUGUGACAGUUCCCGCCCCUCUGCAUGGACCUGUGCAGGAAACAUUUUACACAGGGUCGCCCACUGGUUGGAUAUCUUGUGAAUCACACCAUCUUUGAUUCUAGGGGAUGGCCUUCCUUCACAACAGUGUCAUUGUCUCCCAUGGUAAUCUGAAGUCAUCUAACUGCGUGGUGGACAGUCGCUUUGUUCUGAAGAUCACUGACUACGGGCUGGCCAGCUUUCGCGAAAAGUCCAAUAUGGAGGACACACACGCCUACUAUGCCCGUGAGUUAGCUGAGCUGCAGAAACACACUCACAUGUAGACAAAGACUCGAACGCAUGAGCAAACAAACACACACACACACUCUAAAUAACUCAAACCAAGUGAUUGAGUGGCACGAUCCCUGCCAUUGUUGUUGUUAUUCAAAAACUAAACAUGCCCACUUUCCCAUACAAUUGGCUGGUACGUCUGUUUUACACAAUAAACUGCUGUCUAAGCGUUCUGUAACAAUGUCCCCUCCUGAGAAAGACCUUGCUGGCUCCAUUUAAUUACUUGUCAUUGAUGUGGCUCAACGGUCAAAUCACCUGGCUGAAAAAGUAUUGAUUAGUUGCUGAUUGAGAUGGUGGGUAUUAAAACUCUCAGUAAAUCUGGCUCUUUCUCUCUAAGUACAUCUUUGGCUAAAGAAAUCUUGAAAUUACCUGUUAUUCUUAUGUUGUGUAUAAUGUGUAUGUAUAUACAGAUGAAGUCGGAAGUUUACAUACACUUAGGUUGGAGUCAUUAAAACUCGUUUUUCAACCACUCCACAAAUUUCUUGUUAACAAACUAUAGAUUUGGCAAAUCGGUUAGGACAUCUACUUUGUGCAUGACACAAGUAAUUUUCACUGUAUCACAAUUCCAGUGGGUCAGAAGUUUACAUACACUAAGUUGACUGUGCCUUUAAACAGCUUGGAAAAUUCCAGAAAAUGAUGUCAUGGCUUUAGAAGCUUCUGAAAGGCUAAUUGACAUCAUUUGAGUCAAUUGGAGGUAUACCUGUGGAUGUAUUUCAAGGCCUACCUUCAAACGCAGUGCCUCUUUGCUUGACAUCAUGGGAAAAUCAAAAGAAAUCAGCCAAGUUGUAGACCUCCACAAGUCUGGUUCAUCCUUGGGAGCAAUUUCCAAACGCCUGAAGGUACCACGUUCAUCUGUACAUAUAAUAGUACGCAAGUAUAAACACCAUGGGACCACGCAGCCGUCAUACCGCUCAGGAAGGAGACGCAUUCUGUCUCCUAGAGAUGAACGUACUUUGGUGCAAAAAGUGCAAAUCAAUCCCAGAACAACAGCAAAGGACCUUGUGAAGAUGCUGGAGGAAACAGGUACAAAAGUAUCUAUAUCCACAGUAAAACACGUCCUAUAUCGACAUAACCUGAAAGGCCACUCAGCAACGAAGAAGCCACUACUCCAAAACCGCCAUAAAAAAGCCAGACUACAGUUUGCAACUGCACAUGGGGACAAAGAUCUUACUUUAUGGAGAAAUGUCCUCUGGUCUGAUGAAACAAAAAUAGAACUGUUUGGCCAUAAUGACCAUCGUUAUGUUUGGAGGAAAAAGGAGGUUGCUUGCAAUCCGAAGAACACCAUCCCAACCGUGAAGCACGGGGGUGGCAGCAUCAUGCUGUGGGGGUGCUUUGCUGCAGGAGGGACUGGUGCACUUCACAAAAUAGAUGGCAUCAUGACGAAGGAAAUGUAUGUGGAUAUAUUGAAGCAACAUCUCAAGACAUCAGUCACAAAGUUAAAGCUUGGUCGCAAAUGGGUCUAACAAAUGGACAAUGACCCGAAGCAUACUUCCAAAGUUGUGGCAAAAUGGCUUAAGGACAACAAAGUCAAGGUAUUGGAGUGGCCAUCACAAAGCCCUGACCUCAAUCCUAUCGAAAAAUAUGUGGGCAGAACUGAAAAAGUGUGUGCGAGCAAGGAGGCCCACAAACCUGACUCAGUUACACCAGCUCUGUCAGAAGCAAUGGGCCAAAAUUCCCCCAACUUAUUGUGGGAAGCUUGUGGAAGGCUACCUGAAACGUUUGACCCAAGUUAAACAAUUUAAAGGCAAUGCUACCAAAUACUAAUUGACUGUAUGUAAACUUCUGACCCACUGGGAAUGUGAUGAAAGAAAUAAAAGCUUAAAUAAAUCAUUCUCUCUACUAUUAUUCUGACAUUUCACAUUCUUAAAAUAAAGUGGUGAUCCUAACUGACCUAAGACAGGGAAUUUUUACUAGGAUUAAAUGUCAAGAAUUGUGAAAAAAUGAGUUUAAAUGUAUUUGGCUAAGGUGUAUGUAAACGUCCGACUUUAACUGUAUAUACAGUACCAGUCAAACGUUUGGACACAACUACUCAGUCAAGGGUUUUUCUUUAUUUUUACCUUUUUCUACAUUGUAGAAUAAUAGUGAAGACAUCAAAACUAUUAAAUAACACAUAUGGAAUCAUGUAGUAACCAAAAAAGUGUUAAACAAAUAAAAAAUAUGUUUUAUAUUUGAGAUUCUUCAAAUAGCUACCCUUUGCCUUGAUGACAGCUUUGCACACUCUUGGCAUUCUCUCAACCAACUUCACCUGGAAUGCUUUUCCAACAGUCUUGAAGGAGUUCCCACAUACAGUGAGGGAAAAAAGUAUUUGAUCCCGUGCUGAUUUUGUACGUUUGCCCACUGACAAAAAAAUGAUCAGUCUAUAAUUUUAAUGGUAGGUUUAUUUGAACAGUGAGAGACAGAAUAACAACAAAAAAAUCCAGAAAAACGCAUGUAAAAAAUGGUAUAAAUUGAUUCGCAUUUUAAUGAGGGAAAUAAGUAUUUGACCCCCUCUCAAUCAGAAAGAUUUCUGGCUCCCAGGUGUAUUUUAUACAGGUAACGAGCUGAGAUUAGGAGCACACUCUUAAAGGGAGUGGUCCUAAUCUCAGCUUGUUACCUGUAUAAAAGACACCUAUCCACAGAAGCAAUCAAUCAAUCAGAUUCCAAACUCUCCACCAUGGCCAAGACCAAAGAGCUCUCCAAGGAUGUCAGGGACAAGAUUGUAGACCUACACAAGGCUGGAAUGGGCUACAAGACCAUCGCCAAGCAGCUUGGUGAGAAGGUGACAACAGUUGGUGCGAUUAUUCGCAAAUGGGCCUGGGGCUCCAUGCAAGAUCUCACCUCGUGGAGUUGCAAUGAUCAUGAGAACGGUGAGGAAUCAGCCCAGAACUACACGGGAGGAUCUUGUCAAUGAUCUCAAGGCAGCUGGGACCAUAGUCACCAAGAAAACAAUUGGUAACACACUACGCCGUGAAGGACUGAAAUCCUGCAGCGCCUGCAAGGUCCCCCUGCUCAAGAAAGCACAUAUACAGGCCCGUCUGAAGUUUGCCAAUGAACAUCUGAAUGAUUCAGAGGAGAACUGGGUGAAAGUGUUGUGGUCAGAUGAGACCAAAAUGGAGCUCUUUGGCAUCAACUCAACUCGCCGUGUUUGGAGGAGGAGGAAUGCUGCCUAUGACCCCAAGAACACCAUCCCCACCGUCAAACAUGGAGGUGGAAACAUUAUGCUUUGGGGGUGUUUUUCUGCUAAGAGGACAGGACAACUUCACUGCAUCAAAGGGAUGAUGGACGGGGCAAUGUACCGUCAAAUCUUGGGUGAGAACCUCCUUCCAUCAGCCAUGGCAUUGAAAAUGGGUCGUGGAUGGGUAUUCCAGCAUGACAAUGACCCAAAACACACGGCCAAGGCAACAAAGGAGUGGCUCAACAAGAAGCACAUUAAGGUCCUGGAGUGGCCUAGCCAGUCUCCAGACCUUAAUCCCAUAGAAAAUCUGUGGAGGGAGCUGAAGGUUCGAGUUGCCAAACGUCAGCCUCGAAACCUUAAUGACUUGGAGAAGAUCUGCAAAGAGGAGUGGGACAAAAUCCCUACUGAGAUGUGUGCAAACCUGGUGGCCAACUACAAGAAACGUCUGACCUCUGUGAUUGCCAACAAGGGUUUUGCCACCAAGUACUAAGUCAUGUUUUGCAGAGGGGUCAAAUACUUAUUUCCCUCAUUAAAAUGCAAAUCAAUUUAUAACAUUUUUUACAUGCGUUUUUCUGGAUUUUGUUGUUGUUAUUCUGUCUCUCACUGUUUAAAUAAACCUACCAUUUAAAUUAUAGACUGAUCAUGUCUUUGUCAGUGGACAAAUGUACAAAAUCAGCAGGGGAUCAAAUACUUUUUUCCCUCACUGUAUGCGUAGCACUUGUUGGCUGCUUUUCCUUCACUCUGCCGUCCGACUCAUCCCAAACCAUCUCAAUUGGGUUGAGGUCGGGGGAUUGUGGAGGCCAGGUCAUCUGAUGCAGCACUCCAUCACUCUCCUUCUUGUUAAGAUAGCCUUUACACAGCCUGGAGGUGUGUUGGGUCAUUGUCCUAUUGAAAAACAAAUGAUAGCCCCACUAAGCCCAAAACAGAUGGGAUGGCGUAUCGCAGCAGAAUGCUGUGGUAACCAUGCUGGUUAAGUGUGCCUUGAAUUUUAAAUAAAUCACAGACAGUGACACCAGCAAAGCACCCCCACACCAUAACACCUCCUCCUCCAUGCUUUACGGUGGGAAAUACACAUGCAGAGAUCAUCUGUUCACCCACACCACGUCUCUCAAAGACACGGCGGUUGGAACCAAAAAUCUCAAAUUUGGACUCCAGACCAAAGGACACAUUUCCACCGGUCUAAUGUCCAUUGCUCGUGUUUCUUGGCCCAAGCAGGUCUCUUCUUCUUAUUGGUGUCCUUUAGUAGUGGUUUCUUGGCAGCAAUUCGACCAUGAAGGCCUGAUUCACACAGUCCCCUCUGAACAGUUGAUGUUGAGAUGUGUCUGUUACUUGAACUCUGUGAAGCAUUUAUUUGGGCUGCGAUUUCUGAGGCUGGUAACUCUAAUGAACUUAUCCUCUGCAGCAGAGGUAACUCUGGGUCUUUCAUUUCUGUCGCGGUCCUCAUGAGAGCCAGUAUCAUCAUAGCGCUUGAUGGUUUUUGCGACUGCACUUGAAGAAACGUUCAAAGUUCUUUACAUUUUCCGUAUUGACUGACCUUCAUGUCUUAAAGUAAUGGACUGUCGUUUCUCUUUGCUUAUUUGAGCUGUUCUUGCCAUAAUAUGGACUUUUACCAAACAGGGCUAUCUUCUGUAUACCACCCCUACCUUGUCACAACGCAACUGAUUCACUCAAAAGCAUUAAGAAUGAAAGAAAUUCCAAAAAUUAACUUUUAAGGCACACCUGUUAAUUGAAAUGCAUUCCAGGUGACUACCUCAUGAAGCUGGUUGAGGGAAUGCCAAGAGUGUGCAAAGCUGUCAUCAAGGCAAAGGGUGGCCAUUUGAAGAAUCUCAAAUAUAAAAUAUAUUUUGAUUUGUUUAACACUUUUUUGGUUAUUAUUCCAUAUGUGUUAUUUCAUAGUUUUGAUGUCUUCACUAUUAUUCUACAAUGUAAAAAAUAGUAAAAAUAUGAAUGAGUAGGUGUGUCCAAACUUUUGACUGGUACUGUACAUAUACACACAGUGCAUUCAGAAAGUAUUCAGCCCCCUUCCUUUUUUCCACAUAUUGUUACGUUACAGCCUUAUUCUAAAAUUGAUUAAUUUAAUUGUUUUCCUCAUCAAUCUACACACAAUACCCCAUAAUGGCCAAGCAAAAACAACUUUUUAGAAUUUUUUGCAAAUGUAUUAAAAAUAAAAAACAGAAAUACCUUAUUUACAUAAGUAUUCAGACCCUUUGCUACGAGACUCGAAAUUGAGCUCAGGUGCAUCCUGUUUCCAUUGAUCAUCUUGUUUCUACAACUUGAUUGGAGUCCAUCUGUGGUAAAUUCAAUUGAUUGGACAUGAUUUGGAAAGGCACACGCCUGUCUAUAUAAGGUCCCACAGUUGACAGUGCAUGUCAGAGCAAAAUCUAAGCCAUGAGAUCGAAGGAAUUGUCCGUAGAGCCCCGAGACAGGAUUGUGUCGAGGCACAGAUCUGGAGAACGGUACCAAAACAUUUCUGCAGCAUUGAAGGUCCCCAAGAACACAGUGGCCUCCAUCAUUCUUAAAUGGAAGAAGUUUGGAACCACCAUGACUCUUCAUAGACCUGGCCGCCCGGCCAAACUGAGCAAUCGGGGGAGAAGGGUCUUGGUCAGAGGGGUGACCAUGAACCCGAUGGUCACUCUAACAGAGCUCCAGAGUUCAUCUGUGGAGAUGGGAGAACAUUCCAGAAGGACAACCAUCUCUGCAGCACUCCACCAAUCAGGCCUUUAUGCUAGAGUGGCGAGACGGAAGCCACUCCUCAGUAAAAGGCACAUGACAGCCCGCUUGGAGUUUGCCAAAAGGCACCUAAAGGACUCUCAGACCAUGAGAAACGAGAUUCUCUGGUCUGAUGAAACCAAGAUUGAACUCUUUGGCCUGAAUGCCAAGCGUCACGUCUGGAGGAAACCUGGCACCAUCCCUACGGUGAAGCAUGGUGGUGGCAGCAUCAUGCUGUGGGGUUGUUUUUUAGCGGCAGGGACUGGGAGACUAGUCAGGAUCGAGGGAAAGAUGAACGGAGCAAAGUACAGAGAGGUCCUUGAUGGACACCUGCCCAGAGCGCUCAGGGACUCAGACGGGGGCGUGUCCCUAAGGACUGGGGCUGUGACCCUAAGGACAACGCAGGAGUGGCUUCUGGACAAGUCUCUGAAUGUCCCUGAGUGGCCCAGCCAGAGCCCGGACUUGAACCCGAUCGAACAUGUCUGGAGAGACCUGAAAAUAGCUGUACAGCGACGCUCCCCAUCCAUCCUGACAGAGCUUGAGAGGAUCUGCAGAGAAGAAUGGGAGAAACUCCCCAAAUACAGGUGUGCCAAGCUUGUAGCGUCAUAAUCAAGAAGACUCAAGGCUUCAACAAAGUACUGAGUAAAGGGUCUGAAUACUUAUGUAAAUGUGAUAUUUCAGUUUUUUAUUUUUAUACAUUUGAAAACACUUCUAAAAACCUGUUUUUGCUUUGUCAUUAUGGGGUAUUGUGUGUAGAUUGAUGAGGGGAAAAAACAAUUUAAAAUAAGACUGUAACGUAACAAAAUGUGGAAAAUGUCAAGGGGUCUGAAUACUUUCCGAAUGAACUGUGUAUAUAUAUAGUGUAUAAUGUGUAUAUUUAUGUUGUAUUAUACAGGGCACAUUCGAAAACGAGACCUAGGUCUCAAUAUGUCUUCUCUGUUAAAAUAAAGGUUUCCACCUCUACCUCCCUCUUUCUUUCUUUCCCAUCCCCUUUCACUCCCUCUCCCUCUAUAGGGAAAUUAUGGGCAGCUCCAGAGCUGCUGAGGGCAGAUAGUCCCCCGCCAUGUGGCACUCAGAAAGGGGACAUCUACAGUUUCGGCAUUAUCCUGCAGGAGCUGGCCCUGCUCCGAGGGGUCUUCCACGUCGAGGGGGACACCCUUAGCCCCAAAGGUGUGUGUGUGUGUCUGUGCGUGUUUUUCAGGCAAGUACAGUGCAUUCAGAAAGUAUUCACACCCCUUGACUUUUUCCACAUUUUGUUGUGUUACAGCCUGAAUUUAAAAUGGAUUAAAUUGAGAUUGAGAUUUUGUCGCUGGCCUACACACAAUACCCCAUAAUGUCAAAGUCUUUCGAAAUUUUUACCAAUUAAUUAAAAAUGAAAAGAUGAAAUGUCUUGAGUCCCACCCCAUUGUUAUGGCAAGCCUAAAUAAGUUCAGGAGUAAACAUAUUCUUAACAAGUCACAUAAUAAGUUGCAUGCAAUAAUAGUAUUUAACAUGAUUGUUGAAUGACUACCUCGUCUCUGUACCCUACACAUACAAUUAUCUUUAAGGUCCCUCAGUCGAGCAGUGAAUUUGAAAUGCCUCGCAAAGAAUGGCACCAAUUGGUAGAUGGGUAAAAAAAAUUAAAAAGCGUUGAGUUUAAUGGCUGUAUUAAGAGAUAGCUGAGGAUGGAUCAACAACAUUGCACUUGCUCCACAAUGCUAACCUAAUUAAGCGAGUGAAAAGAAGGAAGCCUGUAGAGAGAAAAAAUAUUCCAAAAUAUGCAUCCUGUUUGCAACAAGGCACUAAAGUUAUACUGCAAAAUGUGGCAAAGCAAUUCACUUUUUGUCCUGAAUAUAAAGUGUUAUGUUUGGGGCAAAUCCAAUACAACACAUUACUGAGUACCACUCUCCAUAUUUUCAAGCAUAGUGGUGGCUGUAUCAUGUUAUGGGUAUGCUUGUAAUUGUUAUGGACUGGGGAGUUUUUCAGGAUUUAAAAUAAAUGAAAUGGAGUUAAGCACAGGCAAAAUCGUAGAGGAAAACCUGGUUCAGUCUGCUUUCCACCAGAUACUGGGAAAUUCAUUCACCUUAUAGCAGGACAAUAACCUACAACACAAGGCCAAAUCUACACUGGAGUUGCUUACCAAGAAGACAGGAAAUGUUUCUAAGUGGCCAAGUUGCAGUUUUGACUUCAAUCUAUUUGAAAAUCUAUGGCAAGACACAACCAAUUUGACAGAGCUUGAAGAAUUCUGAAAAGACUAGUGGGCAAAUGUUGCACAAUCCAGGUGUGGAAAGCUCUCAGAGACUUACCCAGAAAGACUCACAGCUGUAAUCGCUGCCAAAGGAGCUUCUACAAAGUAUUGACUCAGGUGUGUGAAAACGUAUGUAAAUGAGAUAUUUCUGUAUUUCAUUUUCAAUACAUUUGCAAACAUUUCUAGAAACAUGUUUUCACUUUGUCAUUAUAGGGUAUUGAUUGUAGAUGGGUGAGGGGAAAAAAUCUAUUUAAUCAAUUUUGAAUUCAGGCUGUAACACAACAAAAUGUGGAAUAAGUCAAGGGGUAUGGAUACUUUCUGAAGGCACUGUAAUUAUUAUAGAAUACAUAUCAAGGUAAAUAGGGUUAGAGUUAAAGAUUGAAGCACAGACAAAUAUGGAUGGACACUUGAAGCAAUGAGAAGAAAAAACGGAUGAGGUUGGCAACUUUUAUUUUGAUUAUUUUUGGGAAAGACAAAGCAUUUAAUUGCACAAUAUAUAUUUAUUUUAAUACCAUCAUUUUAGUCUCAUUGAGAUAAAACAAAUUAUUCAAGAGAGACCUGGACUAUAUUACCUUCUGUGUAGAACACAAAUCUUUUUGAAAGGCAUCUUGGAGAGGGAAAAUGUACAACACAUUUUUUGGUUUACACAUUUGUCAUUUGUUAUUUGUGUUCUCCGAGAGGCAUGGCACUGAAUCCAAGUAGAUUCUGAGAAGUGUUUCUCAUCCCUCCUUCCUCCUGUCGCUCUCUCUCUCUCUCUCUCUCUCUCUCUCUCUCUCUCUCUCUCUCUCUCUCUCUCUCUCUCUCUCUCUCUCUCUCUCUCUCUCUCUCUCUCUCUCUCUCUCUCUCUCGGAAAGUACUAUGAACAUGUGUGUAUGUGUUUGUUCAUGCAGGUCUAGUAAUACCUAUAAUUACUAGUAUACUAAUAAUGUGCCCGCCCCAAUAGUGAUAACCCAGAGUUGUAAUACAUUACUUUUUUUAAACGGAAAAUAUAGAAAAUCUUAGGGUACUCUCUGUCUCUUUCCUUCUCUUUUUUCUAUCUUUCUUACUUAAUUUCUGUCUUUCUCUCUCUCUCUCCCCCCCCCUUUUCUCUCCCUCUCUCUCCCUCCCCCUCAGGUGUUUUUUUUUAUCAGUCUUCUCCUUCCAUCUUUCCUUUUACAUUCCAGUCCUGUCAGCCCUGGGUCUGUGAUAUCUCUAAGGUGCCGACUCUCUGUCACCAUAUAUCUUUCACCACACACACAGACACACACACACACACACACACAAUGUAUAAGUACACAUCCUUACACAUUCUAAAUUGCUGCCAUCCACCUUAUUCUCCAGGGAAACAUACAUCUCCUGCAUAGGAAAAUAUCCUCAGGAUUCCUUGACAUUCCCCUAAGUAUGUAGGAUCAAAAGCAGAUCCCAUUGGUCAUAAAGGGCUAGCUCCCUAGUUGCUGUAGAAAUGCCUAGUCAGGCUCUUAUGGAAGCAUAUUGAAAUACUGUACAUUGAACUAGAGUUAAGAACGUGCAGUAAGCUCACUCCACAGCUAGCUUGAAAUGACGCCAAUCGGUUCGUAUGUUGUCAAGUUGUCAUGUGUGUAGAGCAGGUAGGUAAAGCAUGGGUUCCCAACCUUUUUUCCCCAGGGCCACCUUUUUCACAUUUGUAUUGUUUAUUGAGAUUGCCUGUAUUAAAUACACCACCAGCUUGAUUUUGUUUAAUUCUCACAUAUUCUCUCUCCCCCCUCUCUUCCUCCCUCUUUCUCUCUACCAGAGAUCGUAGAACGCGUGGCGCUGGGCCAGUGGCCCUACCUGCGGCCCUCCCUCUGCCCUCAGAGCCACAGUGAAGAGGUGGGCCAGCUCAUGCUGCGCUGCUGGAGCGAGGAUGUGAACGAGAGGCCCGAGUUCCACCACAUCAAGCUGCUGCUGCGCAAACACAACAGGUACAGUCUGUACGCACUGCUUAAACCUCCAUUAACACCAUACACGUUACGUGGUGCCAGAUCUACAGACAUGCACUUAUACCCAUCCACUCACUUUAGAGAUCUGCAUGCAUUCAAAAUAACUCUCCACACACAAACAUGUCUGUGUUUAUUUUACCCAAUGACUCACAACAGGUUUGCACUGCUCUGACAACUAUCUUCAAAAACCAACUAUCUUUAUUACUCCUCUCCCCCAUCCCUCUCGUCAUCCCUCCCUCCACAGAGGUUAUGGGUCUAAUAUCCUGGACAACCUGUUGUCUCGUAUGGAGCAGUACGCCAAUAACCUGGAAGAACUUGUGGAGGAAAGAACACAGGCCUACCACGAAGAGAAACGCAAGGCUGAGGCACUGCUCUACCAGAUACUUCCACAGUGAGUGUAUUAAAAGGACCACAGUGGGAAUAAGUUGUGUAGCUUUUUAGUUUUCCUCAAUUAAUUUAAAUGUUAUCCUCAAUGAUUGUAAAGUCAGUGUACUGGGUUGUGUAAAAAAAUAUCUAAUUAAGUCAAAAAAUGAUAUACACAAACACACCCUCACACAGAAACGUUCAUCAAAGGCUGUACUCUGCAGAGGACUAAUAAAUACAAACAUAAUUUGGUGAUUGGACUGAAUCAUACACAGACACACAUACACACAUGCAUACACACACACCACACACACUCUCUUGCACACACACGCACACAAACGCAACACACACACAGCCUACUCACUCUGCUUAACACUGUCUGUGCGUGACAUAGCUCUGUAGCGGAGCAGCUGAAGAGAGGGGAGACGGUGCAGGCAGAGGCCUUUGACUCAGUCACCAUCUACUUCAGUGACAUUGUGGGCUUUACCGCCAUCUCAGCAGAGAGCACACCCAUGCAGGUCAGUCCUGAAUUAACGUAGUAAAUAGCAGUUUGACAAUACUCCUGAUAUGCAAUGGCUUUGGGCUGUCAUGAAUGAGAAGUGGAGUAUGCCAUUUUCCGGAGCAAAUUAAAAUCAUAUAUUUGAGUUGGGAUCGCUGAACUGCACUCCAUUUAAGAAUACUUGUGUUCAAUGUGCACUUUUCAGAAGUUGACUAUUGCAAAUGCCUCAUAUCUUUAGGCAAAUUAAUUGACUGUUAUUCUACUUAAAGGAAACAUAUUUUAUGCAGUGGCUGAUAAUCUUCAUGUUUCACCAUAGGUGGUGACCCUAUUGAAUGACCUCUACACGUGUUUUGAUGCCAUCAUCGACAACUUCGAUGUUUACAAGGUGAAGUCUAAACCUUGUUUUUCACACAGGGAGUGCAAGCGUUUAAUACAACUGAUUCAGCUAAUCAAGUACUUGAAGAUUAGUUGAAUCAGGUGUGUUAGUGCUAGAAUGACAAAGACCUGGACACACUGCGGGCCACCUGUACCACGGUUACCUACCACUGGGUUAAGGACAUAUUUAAGAACCCUAGUGACAGUGUGACCGUCUCUCACACUGUGGCGCCCUCAGGUGGAGACGAUAGGCGAUGCGUACAUGGUGGUGUCUGGGCUGCCUGUGAGGAACGGCAAUCUGCAUGGCCGAGAGAUCGCCCGCAUGUCGCUGGCCCUGCUGGAGGCCGUACACUCCUUCAGAAUCCGCCACCGACCUGCCCAGCAGCUCCGUCUGCGCAGUGGCAUCCACAGUGGUGAGCAGCGAGGGGGGGGGGGGGAUUGUAGAGUUCAAAUAGUAUUUGUUUUCUGACAAAUGCACUUCAUUGAGCUUGUCUGACACUGUGGAAUCAUUGGAAUAUGUGGAAUAUUGGAAUAGGUUGUGUGUGUGUUCUCUCCAGGCCCUGUGUGUGCUGGUGUUGUAGGACUGAAGAUGCCUCGGUUCUGUCUGUUUGGAGAUACAGUCAACACAGCCUCUCGCAUGGAGUCCAAUGGGGAGGGUGAGAGUGACCCAUCUCUUUUAUCUACUAUCUCAUAACAUACACAUGCACUAGUCCUUCUCUGGCUUCAAUGACCACAUACAGCUGAAGUCUGAAGUUUACAUACACCUUAGCCAAAUACAUUUAAACUCAGUUUUUCACAAUUCCUGACAUUUAAUCCUAGUAAAAAUGCCCUGUCUUAGGUCAGUUAGGAUCACCACUUUAUUUUAAGAAUGUGAAAUGUCAGAAUAAUAGUAGAGAGAAUUAUUUAUUUCAGCUUUUAUUUAUUUCAUUACAUUCCCAGUGGGUCAGAAGUUUACAUACAGUCAAUUAUUAUUAUUAUUAUUAUUAGUCAAUUAGUAUUUGGUAGUAUUGCCUUUAAAUUGUUUAACUUGGUUCAAACGUUUUCAGGGUAGCCUUCCACAAGCUUCCCACAAUAAGUUGGGUGAAUUUUGGCCCAUUCCUCUUGACAGAGCUGGUGUAACUGAGUCAGGUUUGUAGGCCUCCUUGCUCGCACACGCUUUUUAAGUUCUGCCCACACAUUUUCUAUAGGAUUGAGGUCAGGGCUUUGUGAUGGCCACUCCAAUACCUUGACUUUGUUGUCCUUAAGCCAUUUUUCCACAAUUUUGGAAGUAUGCUUGGGGUCAUUGUCCAUUUGGAAGACCCAUUUGCGACCAAGCUUUAACUUCCUGACUGAUGUCUUGAGAUGUUGCUUCAAUAUAUCCACAUAAUCUUCCUUCCUCAUGAUGCCAUCUAUUUUGUGAAGUGCACCAGUCCCUCCUGCAGCAAAGCACCCCCAUAGCAUGAUGCUGCCACCCCCGUGCUUCACGGUUGUGAUGGUGUUCUUCGGCUUGCAAGCACCCGCUUUUUCCUCCAAACAUAACGAUGGUCAUUAUGGCCAAACAGUUCUAUUUUUGUUUCAUCAGACCAGAGGACAUUUCUCCAAAAAGUACGAUCUUUGUCCCUAUGUGCAGUUGCAAACUGUAGUCUGGCUUUUUUAAGGUGGUUUUGGAGCAUUGGCUUCUUCCUUGCUGAGCGGCCUUUCAGGUUAUGUCGAUAUAGGACUCGUUUUACUGUGGAUAUAGAUACUUUUGUACCUGUUUCUUCCAGCAUCUUCACAAGGUCCUUUGCUGUUGUUCUGGGAUUGAUUUGCACUUUUCGCACCAAAGUACGUUCAUCUCUAGGAGACAGAAUGCAUCUCCUUCCUGAGCGGUAUGACGGCUGCGUGGUCCCAUGGUGUUUAUACUUGCGUACUAUUGUUUGAACAGAUGAACGUGGUACCUUCAGGCGUUUGGAAAUUGUUCCCAAGGAUGAACCAGACUUGUGGAGGUCUACACAUUUUUUUCUGAGGUCUUGGCUGAUUUCUUUUGAUAUUCCCAUGAUGUCAAGCAAAGAGGCACUGAGUUUGAAGGUAGGCCUUGAAAUACAUCCACAGGUACAACUCCAAUUGACUCAAAUGAUGUCAAUUAGCCUAUCAGAAGCUUCUAAAGCCAUGACAUCAUUUUCUGGAAUUUUCCAAGCUGUUUAAAGGCACAGUCAACUUAGUGUAUGUAAACUUCUGACCCACUGGAAUUGUGAUACAGUGAAUUAUAAGUGAAAUGUGAAAUAAUCUGUCUGUUAACAAUUGUUGGAAAAAUUACUUGUGUCAUGCACAAAGUAGAUGUCCUAACUGACUUGCCAAAACUAUAGUUUGUUAACUAGAAAUUUUGGAGUUUUACAGUUUUUCUCGAUUGCUAAGACACAUUUCUUGAAAGCUGCUCUCCUUUUCUCUUAACUGUGAACACAAAACCCAAUUUUCAAGCUACAUUCACAAAACCUCAGACUCUUCUUGCAAAACCAAACUUUCACCUCAAAACAGUUCAAUCUGUGCUCAAAACUGAACUAUGUUGUCAAAUCGUGCCCCGAGUCAAUCAAAAUAAAAAACACUACUGAACAGUCACUAAACACUACGUAGAAAAAUAGAAAACACAAUGCUCAGGACAUGAAGCUGGAGAAAUAAAUGUUUAUUGUUCACUGUAGGCUAAAUGCAUGUUGCAAAACAAAAGAAAACUGUGCAUUUAGCACUUGUACAAAAAGACAAAACAGAAAUCUUGUGCAUUUACAUGUAGCACUUGUAAAAACAAACAGAAAUCUUAUGCGUUUGCCACUUGUGUACAGUAAGCCCAUGUAAAAAAUAAAGUACAAAAAUAUACAAAUAAGUGCAUUACUCAGCCACAGCAUCAUGUCUCUGUACUGGGUCAGGCCACAGGACUUCAUCCACAUCACAGGCCACAUUUUGUCUGGCCAGGCAACGGGGGAAAAAACCCCUGGCAUGCCGUAUCCAGGCUUGGCAUGCCUCCACACCUAUGUCACCACAGGCAAGUCCCAUGGCUUGCAGGAGAUUUACCCUGGUAUAAGGUUGGCGUUCAUAUACCUUCCACCGCCAUGAGGAGAAGAAUUCCUCAAUGGGGUUUAGGAAAGGGGAGUACGGUGGAAGGCAAAGAUUGAUAAAACCUUGGUUCAUAUUGUACCACUCUCUAACCUGGAGGGCUCUGUGAAAACUCACAUUGUCCCAAACAACAACAUAGAUGGGAUGCUCAUCCUGCUGCCCUAACAAAGCAUCUCGCAUGUGAUUGAGGAAAAUGAGGAGCUGGUGAGUGUUGUAGGGCCCCAGGUUGGCAUGAUGGUGGACAACCCCAUGAUUGCUGAUGGCAGCACAUAAUGUGACAUUGCCACCACGCUGCCCAGGAACACCAACAAUGGCCCGAUGGCCAAUCACAUUACGGCCUCUCCUUCUCCUUUUGGUGAGAUUAAACCCAGCUUCAUCCAUGUAGAUGUAUUGAUGGGGUCUUUCCAUUGCAUCCAGUUGAAAAACCCUCUGUAGAAAUAGAUAUUGUUUUGUAAGUGAUACGGAAAAAGUGAUUUAGGCCACUACAGUAAAUCACUACUUAGAGUAAUCAACAUUGAAUGUGUCUGGAUAUAUGCCAACCUGUACAUACUGGAAUCUUUGCUCUUUGACUCUGUCUGAGUUGCGAUCAAAGGGCACUCUGUAUAGCUGUUUCAUGCGCAGUCUGUUGCGCUUGAGGACACGAUCAACAGUAGAGAGGCUGACACUGUUGAUACCCUCAAAAUUUAAAUGGUCCUCAAUGAUCUUCUGCUGAAUUUCGCUCAGUUUAAUGGCAUUGUUCUCACGGACCAUAUCAACAAUUAGGGUCUCUUGGUGUGGGGAGAACAUACCUGUCCUCCCACCCCCAUGUGGCAGUCUUUCAAUUCUACAAAAAGAGAACAUGGAGUUACAAAAAAUAUACAUGGAAUACUAGGCCUACAAACAGUUAGACCAACCCUCCAUUACAAUACUACAGUACAUUGGUACAGUGAUGUACUGAAACAUAUAUUUACUUACAGUAUACUGUGGUACAGUAUAUAGUAUGUCAUACAGUAAUUGCUGUCAACAUUUACAUACUGUACUAUAAUGUCAAAAAAAGGUAAUUACCUGUUCUCUUCUCUAAAUCUUCGGAUUAUGGUGGACACAGUGAAUCUACUGAUGUUUGGUUGUACCCUUUGUCCAGCCUCCCUCAUGCUCAUACCAUGGACAAGAACAUGGUCAAUCACAGUAGCUCUGAUUUCAUCAGAUAUUACUGUUCUUUGUCUUCGCUGACCACCUAGACCACCUCGACCUCCUCUCACACAAACUCUUCCUCUCAAUGAAAAUGUGUUGGCAAGUUAUGUCUAAACAGGUGAAAAGUGCUUAUGGUUUUGAUUCAAUCAGUGGGUUCAGGCAACUGAGCAUUUGGUUCAGACAAUAGGGUUUAGUGUUUUAGCAAUUGAGAAAAACUGUAAUGACUCCAACCUAAGUGUAUGUAAACUCCCGACUUCAACUGUAUGUCAUGUUAUCAUCCCUCAGCCCUAAAGAUCCACGUGUCGGAUGCCACGCGCGCGGUGCUCGACGACUUCAACUGUUUCCAGCUGGAGCUGAGAGGAGACGUAGAGAUGAAGGGCAAAGGGAGGAUGAAGACCUACUGGCUACUGGGAGAGAGCACCAACAUGGCUUGAGAUAG